UCAGUCGAAUAUUCUCAUAGGCCUGCAGCUGAUCUAUGAAUAUUCUACACAGAUGACAUAAUAAUAUCAGAUCAAAAAUUAGCGUUGAGUAAAUAAUAAAUAUUAAAUAAUAAUAGGUAUGCCAAAUGCCAAUUAAUUAGUAAUAAUUUAUUACUGAGAAGCAGAAAUAGUAGUUAAAAGAAUACUGGAAGAAAUAUCAAAUGGUACUAAUAGUUCAAUUAAUUCAAGUUAAUACUUAGUACGUACUUCAGUAACUUUUGUAGAUCGUAAAAUGUUCACAUAGAUGUUAGAUGACACUUAUUGACAUUUUAACUUAAAAGAUUUGAAAUUGAAUACUAGAAAGUAAUGUCGAAUAACAUCAUGUCCAACAACCCUCUAAUUUAUGGAGUUGAAUUUCAGGCUAGAUCGUUGUGUUCUCUGCACGCUGAAAGCGAUCAAGACUGCUUUUUAAUCGGAACUCAGUCGUUGAUCACAUCAAAUAAUCAAGUACACCUCGUUAAACUACAAGAAGAGACCAAUACACUUUGUCCUCAAAUAUAUGAGCAUAGCUGUGGUGAAAUAUGGUCAUUAGCGUCUUCUCCAACAGACAAAUGCUUGAUAACUACCUGUUAUGCUAGUAUAGAACGAGAUUGUGAGAAAUUCACAGCUUUAUGGCGACUGCCAGAGAAUGAUGGUCAUUUAGAAAAUGUCAUCACUUUUCCUACAGAGAAGUAUGGUACUGAUGUUAAGGUGACCACGUUUCAUCCUACUAAAUGA